CUCGCCCAACGUAGCCCCGUUCACCACUACCAAUCCGUACGCUUCGUAUGAAUGAACGCUUCCCAUUCACACACAAACAUCAUCAAAUGAAUGGACACAACGUGCGGUGCGAUGCAUGGUCGCGGCAAGAGUCCAUUGCACCGUGGUGUAGUGGACGGACACACCGAUCGUAUCCACUCACACAUCGGAACCCCGGCAGUGAACGACUACGGCGCGAUGGGCUGGGAUGGUUGGGUCUCUCGAUUGUAAACAACACCAACAUCUGCAACCGAUACUACUACUCCACGCGCGUUGGAUGUGCCGUAGUGUGUGGGGUUUUGCUCAGACGAUGUAGACGGUAGACAUUCCAGCAAAGCCAGCUCAGCGGACUCCGCUCCAGCGCUAAGCUGCUCAAUUGUGUUCGAGCUGUCGUUGCGACCAGAGGCCGUUACUUGUACGCGCGUUGAGCCUGUUUUUCUUGCGUUUCUUUUUUGCGUUCUACAACGGGUUUUUAUGUUGUAUUUUGCAACCGUUUUGCAACAUCCUGUAUGUUUUCGGGCUUUUUAACGAGCGAUUUGAGUGCGUGAUCAAGUUGAACUCUUUCGGUUGCGUUCGUUCGACGUUUCCGUUUCCCGUGCGAGAGCUGUCCGGAAUACUAGCUGCAAGUCAAUCUGCACGGACGAUCGGAUCGUUCCGUUUUGCUGGUUCAAAUUGGAUAAUUGAUUAACAGUUGUGUGUGCGCGGUUGCAGGCAAGGUAUAACGACGACGACGACGACAACAACACGGUGUUCGAAGGAGAAACAGCGCUUUCCACAGCACGACUUGGUCGUUUUUGGGCAGUUUGGGUGGCGAAUCCGAAAUUCAGAUUGGCCGUGUCAUUGAGCAACUUAACUCGCGCAAGUUAAGUGGAAAAAAGUGGAUUACCGAAAGAGAAAUUUCUUCGUGAAGAGGCUGCUCUGGUGAAGAAGAGGUGUUGGUGUGUUGGUGAGGAGAGCGGUAAGGCCAAGAGCCAACAGUGGAAACGUAAUCAAGAAAAAGGUGCUGUUUCUGCUUUUGUGAAGGCCUUUUCGAGGUAAUUUGCUGUUGUUGUGAGAGUGGAAAAGUUGUGUGGUGUGUGCGCAAGAAUUUACUGCUGCUGCUGGAAGAGAUAGAAGGUUAGAGAUUUGUGAGCAAGAGAGCCUGGUUCAACGACGACGACGACGACUAAGCUGUCAAAAUGAAUAAGGCCUGCGCCCGGUGUCAGAAGGUGGUCUACCCCAUCGAGGAGCUCAAAUGCUUGGAUAAGACAUGGCACAAAACCUGCUUCAAAUGUACCGAGUGCGGUAUGACACUGAACAUGAAAACAUACAAAGGUUUCAACAAACUUCCAUACUGCGAAGCACACAUCCCAAAAGCCAAAGCCACCACCAUCGCGGAAACGCCGGAACUGAAGCGGAUAGCGGAGAACACCAAAAUUCAGUCCAAUGUCAAAUACCACGCAGACUUUGAGAAGGCGAAAGGGAAAUUCACACAGGUCGCCGACGAUCCCGAAACGCUGCGAAUCAAGCAAAACACGAAAAACAUCUCCAACGUUGCCUACCACGGUGACUUACAGAAGAAAGCUGCCAUGGAAAGACAAAGAGAAUGUACAGAAAUUAUCGAUAGUAAAGACAACAACGAGCUGGAAUCGGAAUACUUUUCCGAGCAGUUGGCCGCCGAAUCGUUGCCGCACUAUCAACCCCCUCCCCCGCCACCGGUGGUAGCACCCGCAUCACACCACCAGCAACAGCAACAACAACAACACUCCCUUGCACAGCAACAACUGCAAGCUUCCAUGACGGGUUCGUCGUCUUCGUUGUCCUCGCUGAUGGGCCCUAACGGCGGCGCUGCGUCCGCCAAUCCGACGGCGGCCGUGUCCCAGCAGGCACAAAUUACGCCGACCUCGACGCUGACCAAGCACAAUCUGAGCAGUUUGAACCAGCAGCAGCAGCAGAACAACUACCAGGCAUCACAGCACCAGCAGCAGAUGGCGUACCAACAGCAGGUGGCCAACAACAACUACAGCAAGUCGGCCUACCCGGCCGGAGCUCCUCCCCAGACCUAUCAGCAACCUCCGCCGCCGAACCACUACCAUCACAACAGCAACAGCAGCAGCAAUAGCAGCACCCACGCCAGCGACAACGUACGCCAAACGGUCCUCCAAAACUCGGCCACGCCCUCCGGACUCGGUAACAACCAGAAGUACUACGACCCGUACGAUAACUACGCCAGACCGAACCCGAACGCCGCCAUGGUCAACAACAACAACAACUACAACAGUCACUACCACCAGCACCAACAGCAGCAGCAACAACAACAACCGGGUGGAGGCGGAGGGGGCGAGCAACGAAGCAACGGCUCAGCCGCCUAUCACCACGCCCAGCAACACCACGGACAUGCCCAGCAUCACCAGCAAGGUGACGGCGGCUAUGGACAUCCCCAACAACAGCAGCAGCAGCAACAACAACGCUACAACGGUCAGCAACAAUACGCACAGCAGCAGCAGCAGUAUCAAUACAACAAUGGCAAUGUCAGCAACGGCGGUGGCGGUGCCGGUGGGAUUGGUAAGAUCGCUGACUACGACCCGUUGACGGACGGACCGCGAAAUAUCCCACAGCCGAACCGGCAGAGCCAGACGCUCAUCUUUAGCUCCGGAAACUUGAACGCCAACAACAACCGACGGGUAGGUUCAAUCAACGAUAUCGACCCGGUAAACGGAUUUUACGGUUCGAUUGCGGAAUCCGCACAACAACAGCAGCAAGCCCUGCAGCAUCAACAUCACCAGCAACAGCUGUACCAGCAGCAACAACAACAACAGCGACAAACGCAACUUUUACAACAACAGCAGCAGCAGCAACAGCAGCAACAACAACAGGCCUCACAGUACAUUCAGCCACCCCAGCAGUACGGUGCCCCAACAUCUACUCCAGCCGCGAAACCAAUGGGCAAAGUGCGCGUCUACCGUGCAAUCUACGACUACGAGGCCCAGGACAGUGACGAGGUGGGCUUCACCGAGGGCGACCUCAUCAUCGAGGUCAACUCGAUCGACUCCGGCUGGAUGACCGGACGCGUCGAGCGGACCGGCCUCACCGGAAUGCUGCCGGCAAACUACGUCGAACUGGUCAAGAUAUAAACUCGGUGAGUGAGAAUAGAACCGUUUUUUUCUUUCUUUCUUUUUUUUUGGGCGAGGACCGGACCAUACGAGAGAAUAACAUAUUACCAAUUUAUAGUUUUCUUGUCUAAAUGUAUAAAGAGAGAGACAGUGGGCGAGCUAAUUUAAAAUUACUAUACAUACGAGAUGCAACUUCCACUGCUGUACAAGCUACAACGGUGGAAAAUUUCGAGAAAGGAGUACAUGUUUUUAAUUUUAUUUUCUUGUUAUUAUUUUGGUAUGUACACGUUAUUCAAUUACCCUCUUUAAAAUAAAUAAAGGAAAGUCAUUCAGCAGAAGGUGCUGAUUUAGGCGUAUAACAACUCGUUUAUGAACAGAACCCCUCUUUUCGCGAAAAUCUUUGAAUGUAAAUAACCUGACUUUGUAGCAUUUAUCGGAACUGAACACAUUCGCAGCUGAAAACCAUGUGUAUUUGUUGUACAACGCGUGUGAGCGAGACAUCUGAAACAGAAAUCAUUCGACUGGUGUAACUGACAACAACUAUUGAGACUACGUAGAAUCGUGCCUUUGUUCAAGAAAAAGAACUCCCCUCAAUUUGGAUGCAAUUUUUACAGUGUAGCGUUAAGAAAUACCCCGUUUUUUUCCAAAUCACAUGUGAUGAUCGAAUUUAGUGCCCCCAACUAGAACAAAAAUUGAGCUUCCGUUAUUUUUCGUGUGUUGAUGCAGGUUCUGUGAUAGAUGUUACUAUUUCCCCUAAGUAAUGACCCCAAAAUUGUCAGUUAUAACUUGUACAUUACGCGUGUCAUUCAUUCGCAGCAAAAAUAAUACGUGUUAAUAAACAAAAGUAUAGAUAGUUGAAAAAAUGGUACAUAUAAAUAUACUAAUAACAAGCCGGAACAAAUUUUAAGCUGUUCAACGUGCAACUUUUCUACGUACAUUUACAUAAAAACAAAACAAAACACACACGUAAAUAUUAUACUCCUUCUAAAAAAACAAAACAAAUUAAUUUAUAAUAAUAAACCCCCCAAGUCAAUGAAAGCAACACAUUUUCAAGUGCUACAACUCUUCUGUUACAAAAAUCUACAGCGAGUAAGAAACGAAAAACAA